AUGAAGGUUGUCUCCGCAAACCCUGGAAAAGUUGUCUGUGAAAUGAAAAUUGAAGAACAGCACACAAACAGAGGAGGAACUCUGCAUGGGGGCCUGACAGCAACUUUAGUAGAUAUUGUGUCAACAGCUGCAUUAAUAUAUACUGAAAGAGGAGCACCUGGCGUCAGUGUGGACAUGAACAUUACGUACAUGUCAUCAGGUAAGAUUGGAGAGGAAAUCCUGAUCACUGCUGAGGUUCUGAAGCAAGGAAAAACUCUGGGUUUUGCCAAUGUGAAUUUAACAGAUAAGGCAACAGGAAGAUUGAUAGCUCAAGGGAGGCACACCAAGCACCUGGGACACCAGUCAUAAAAAAAUAAAAUAAAAUCCCGAGAAAUCCAAGAACAUAGGAUGGAGGAGUGUAUCACAGCAAGUUUCAAAAAUUGAGGUGCAGUCGUUGGGUAAUGAAAUAAUAUUGCAACAUUGAAUUCUGUUGUUUAAAUUAAAUUGUUGGCCCAAGGUCAGAUGUGCUGGUGUAUAAAUGCAUACACAUGUCUGUACCUGUAUUUAUAUUUAUGUGUCUAGGGUGGAUGAAUAAGAUCUGCAUUUUGUUUGCUAAUAGAACAUACAUGUUAAGUAAAUGUUUCUCCUGCUAGGAAAAAUAGUACAGUGGAGCUAAUAUAAGUGUGAACCUUGAAGCACUGAAGAAAAGAUGCAGAGAAAACAGUUUUUCUCCUGAAACUUAAAAGUUUGCUUUUGAGUUUCAGUUGUGGGAGGGACAGAUGAUGACAGCUUCUAAGCCACUGUUUCUCAGCCUCAGCAAUUUUUAAGCAUGGUUGGCUGAGGAAUUGUAAGAGUUCAAGUCCACAUAUCUGCAGGUUGCUGAGGUUGAGAAACACUGUUCUAAGCACUGGAUUGAAUCAAGAAGAGAAGCUGUUUCUCUCCCCCCAGAUGUAAUUCUUCCCCUGCAGCUCUGGGAAAGACAAAACACUCAGGGAAGUGGUUUUCCAUCUUUGGGAAGAGCAUAAAAGGUGAUGCUAGUAGCUACAAGGAGGGUUUUCAAAAAGGUAACAUGGGAUUCAACUCACUGUAUUUGCAGGGACUCCAGUUGCCUUUUGUAUUGGUGCCUUUAAGCCACGGGAUUCACCUGAAUGUAUUUCUUUUAAUAGAGUGUUGAAUGAGUGCCCACCUAAUAAAACAAGGUGAAAGUCCGAAAUCUU